AUGUCGAUUAUAGAGAAGCUCAUAAAUUCGAAAGAUAAAAUUCCAGAGAUAAAGAGCUUAUGGGAUCUCAAUUGCGUUGAAGCAAUCCCUCCGCUGAUUUAUCUUUCAUUAACAGAUAAUGACGAUGUUAAACAUGCAGCAACAAGCCUUUUAUAUAAAAUAGCUUCAACUGCACAGAAGUCUGUAGCUUCAACACGUGCUAUGCCUUAUCCAAUUGUUAAAGAUCAAGAAUUAACAAAGCGUCAAAUCGUGAAGCAACCAAAAUCAUUAGCCGUUCCAGGUAAAUCAAUCACAUUUGCAUUCCAUGUGUUUGCUAUGUCUUUUUCUACUCUUGACAAGCAAUAUAUGACUGAAUUUUUAUCAUUACUCGAGAAAAUCCUUUCAAUUCCAGACUACAACUUCCAGCCUAGAUUCUACUUAGAUGUUCUCAUCAUACUUCCAUUGUAUUUUGAAACAGAUAACGAACAAAACGCUAAAAAGUUGAUGCAGAGGAUUCUUGCUGACGCAGAAAAGAAUGAAAUGAUGGAUGUUGUCAUUGCCAUUAAUUCUCUUUUAGAAUUGUUUUAA